AUUCAGUUUUGUGUGAAGAUGGAAUGGCUUGUUAACAUUUAGUGGGGUGAAGUCACUUCUCAUCGUUCUCAAUGUUAUGGACAACGGAAAUCAGCGUUUGUUAGAGAAUAACCCCGAAAAAACACACUAUUCUGCUAUGGAGAUGGAAAAUCCAGAGUCUUCAUCUGAAUCACCGUUAAUUGACAGCGAAAACCAGUCAUCGCUGAGGAUCAACAAACGAGCCCUUGUUGUCUUUUUUGGGGUUACUACUCUAGCAGCUGCAGUUAUUAUAGUUGCUGUAUUUGUCACUCUCUAUUCAGGAAAUAAUGCUUUAUCAAACAACAGAUUAAAACGUAACAAAGUGGGUAAUUUUACAUUAGAUGAUUUCUUAGAUGGAAAGUAUAAUCCAUUGUCAUAUCAAGCAGACUGGAUAUCAGAUUUCCAGUACAUAAAUCGUGGUCCAGGAGGGAGUAUAGAUAUCAUUGACAAAACUAAAAAUACGACAACUACACUUGUUGAUGAUAAAUYUGCUGGGUCAUGGACUAAAUUCUUUUUAUCACCUUCAAGAAAAUAUGUUCUUGUAGCUAAGAACCUCAUUUUUCAAUACAGAUAUUCAACAUUUGCUGACUACUACAUUUUUGAUGUGAAAUCCAAAAAAGAGGUCAAAAUCAAAUCAAAGAGCAAAAUACAGUAUGCUCAAUGGAGUCCAGCUAAAGAUGCUGUGGUGUUUGUAGCUGAAAAUGAUAUGUACUAUUURAAGGAUGUAUCAAAACCAGAUGUUAUUAAUCGCUUGACGAAUAAUGGAAAAAAACAUGUGAUCUUCAAUGGUGUUCCAGACUGGGUUUAUCAAGAGGAGGUCCUCAACUCAGAUCAUGCUUUGUACUUCUCUAAAGAUGGGAAAUAUUUAACUUACAUUCAAUUUGAUGACACUAAGGUUAAGGACUUUGUGUUUUCUUGGUUUGGUUCACCUAAUGAAGAAUACAUAACACAGCACAAGAUUGCAUACCCCAAACCUGGUACAGGAAAUCCAGAGGUUACAGUCUAUGUCAUUGACCUUGACACUCUUACAGAUGCACUUCCCAAAUCUGUAGCAGUAAAAAAGCCUAAACAAAUGCAGAAUAUUGAUCACUAUGUAGUAGAAAUUGGAUGGUUGUCAAACACUAUGUUCAGUGUCCAAUGGCUCACAAGAUCUCAAAAUUAUAGUAUAAAUAAGCUAUGUAGCUUGGAGAUUGGAACCAUUGACUGUGAAAAAUAUAAGGGUCAUGAUGUAACAGUUAAAGGUGGCUGGGUUGAUGACAAGUACAUGAAACCACUGUAUUAUUUCAAAGGCAACAGACAUUACUAUUUGACCACACAUCCAUUCCCACAAGGGGAAAAAGGCAGUGCUGGAAAUUUCAUUCACAUUGGAAAAGUUGAUAUUACUGACACUGAUAAUAUAAAAAAACCAACUCCUCUUACAUCUGGUAAAUGGGUAGUUACAAAAAUCUAUGCUUUUGAUGAUGAGCGUGAAAUUGUUUAUUUUGAGUCCACAUUGAUGCCAGAUGGCAGGAGUGUCCCAUCUAAAAGACACAUUUACAGCUUAUCUGUCAAAGAUGAUGUAAUGACUUGUUUAUCUUGUGGUGCUCCGGGUGUGAAAGAUGGAAGCUCAGGGUAUCUUACUGCAUCAUUCAGUAAGAAGGGAGGAUGGUACAUUCUUCACAGUCAUGGCCCUGGUAUUCCAUGGCUUAGAAUAUACAAGAGUCAAGACCCUAAAGAAGAUCAUAUCCUGGAGAACAAUGCAGCUCUUAAAGACAAGUUGGAAAGGGACAACCCAAAGCUUAAUCCAUAUCUUAGGACAGAGUAUAUUUCAGUAAAAAGUGAAGAUUUUGAUAACAAAGUCAAUGCAAAGGUAGUUUAUCCACCAAACUUUGACAGAAAUAAGAAAUAUGCUGUAUUUUUUAGUGUUUAUGGUGGCCCAGCAACUCAAAAUGUGAUUGAGUCAUGGAGUUUAGGAUUUGAAACAGGAUAUUUAUCAAGUAAAUAUGACAUUAUCAUUGUGUAUGUGGAUGCAAGAGGAACAAUGGGUAGAGGGGAAAGGUACAAGCAUGGUGUGUACCGCCAUCUUGGUCGCAAUGAAGCAUUGGAUACCAUAACUGUAGCAAAGCACAUGCAAAGACAGUCAUUUGUAGAUCCUGACAAGAUAGCCAUAUGGGGAUGGUCCUAUGGUGGUUACCUGUCAUCAUACAUCUUGGGAAGUCAAAGUACCAAAGUGUUCAAACUUGCCAUGGCAGUAGCUCCUGUCGCUGACUGGAAAUACUAUGAUUCAAUUUACACUGAGCGUUACAUGGGUUUACCACAAGAAAAUAUAAAGGGAUAUAAGGAAUCAUCUGUUCUACCUCUUGUAAAAAACUACAAAGGUGUUCAUUAYCUAUUAGUACACGGCACUGGGGAUGAUAAUGUUCACUUCCAAAACUCAGCACAACUUGUAAGAGCACUAACAGAAGAGGAGAUUGAAUAUCGUGUACAGUUUUAUACAGAUAAGAACCACUCCCUUGGCGGCGAGGGGACUAGGCCUCAUCUCUAUCAUCUACUKACAAGCUUUCUUGUCAAACAUCUGCACAUCAAAUAAAAGUAAUAGUCAUCAAAUGACGGGGAAAUAAUGUUAUUUAUAUCAAUGGGAAAUAGUAUGUUAUGCGAAGUACCAGGCUACGAAAGGCUAUGAAUGAAAAUAAAUGUUAGCAAAUAAUAAUAUAUAAUAUUAUUAUUGUCUAUUAUGUAAUGCGUUGUCCAGGGAAAUCUAUUUUAGUUUUCAUUAUGGUUUGAAUAAAAAUGACAGUUUAGCAGUAUGGGGAUGUUGUUCAUGGAUUCCCAUGAUUCUUAGUCGUCCCGUUAAUGGGAUAAGCGGUAAUACUUUUGGCUGAGAUCAAGGCCAAUAAURUUGGAUAAUGUAUUUGCUAAACAUGGAUCUAUAUUUUAUUUUAUAUCACAAUAUUAAAACCUCGAAAAACGGGGUCACCGGCACUUCCUGAUAUAGACUAGUCCACUUGAAUAGUAAACACACAAUCUAGAAAAACAUGCACCAUUCUUCUUGUACAUUGUAUUGAAGUAUUUAUCACAUUUAAAAAAUAGUUUUAUCAUAUAGUUAUCUAUGAAACCUAUAUUUCUCCAUUAACUAGYGAAAAUAACACAUUCGAUGUUUCUCUAUAUAGUAGAAGUAAAAAAAGUUUUACGACAUAAUUUGCUUUCAUACACAAUUAUAUGAUAAAUAGAAUAUUACAUGUUCUCUUGGAGAUACGAUAUAUCCUAAAGUAAUUUGUAGUCGUCUUACAGCAAUAUAUAACUGAUCCAACAAAUAUGGUGAUGUAAAUAAAUUCGGGAUUUCGUGGGAAAAUAAAUAAAGCAUAAUUGAUACA